CAUCCAGCUGUUAUCUAAGCAGGGAGAGAUCUGGAUAGCUUAGCAGUGGCACAGUGAUGAGACGAUCUCACGAGUUGGGAAUAAACUGGUGUUUUACCAUGCUGUGUCCGGAGUAGUACGCUGAAUCGAUUUAUAUCCAAAAAGGAUUAGGGCUGUCCUCGACUUUCCUCCGGGUCAGGUGUUGAAACGAGGUGUGAAUGAGUGACGUGGUGCCUCCCACAGCUCUCAGUGAAGUCCAGCUCCGCUUCCUCUGCCACGAUGACAUAGAGAGUGUCAAGCUGCUCUGUGGUGAUUGGUUUCCAAUCGAGUACCCAGACUCAUGGUAUCAAGACAUAACCUCCAACAAGAAGUUCUUCUCCCUUGCUGCCACCUUCAGAGGAGGCAUCGUGGGAAUGAUUGUGGCCGAGAUCAAAGGCCGGACCAAAGUACACAAAGAGGAUGGAGACAUCCUGGCCUCCAGUUUCCCUGUGGACACACAGGUAGCCUACAUCCUCAGUCUGGGAGUAGUCAAAGAGUUCAGGAAACAUGGCAUAGGCUCCCUACUGCUGGACAGUUUGAAGGAGCACAUUUCAACAACAGCCCAGGACCACUGCAAAGCAAUCUACCUGCAUGUUCUCACCACCAACAACACUGCCAUCCACUUUUAUGAGAACAGAGACUUCAGGCAGCACCACUAUCUUCCCUACUACUACUCCAUACGAGGUGUCCUCAAAGACGGAUUCACAUAUGUACUCUACAUCAAUGGGGGACAUCCGCCCUGGACAAUAUUUGACUACAUCCAGCACAUCGGUUCAACCCUGGCCAGCUUGAGCCCUUGCUCCAUCCCUCAGAGGCUGUAUCGACAGGCUCAGUCCCUGCUGCGCUCUCUCCUUCCCUGGUCCAACAUCGCCUCAAAGACAGGCAUACAGUACAGCCGAACAAUGUGACAGAGCAUGGGGGAGCAACUUCUGUUUCUCAUCAGUCUUCCCCUGUACACACCAAGAUGUACACAAACACUCACAUACUUCUUCUAGUAUGACUUUCCACAGCCUGUGUACGACACAGGACUCAGGUGCACCCUCUAUUUCACAUAUAGAGUACUAUUCUCAAUUCAGUACGUUUGGCACUGUUCACACAAGAUCCAAUUUACGCAGCUGUAGUUCUUUAAUUAGUGAUAUGCUAACCUUUAUAUACAACACUAUCCCAUAGUUACUAUAGUGACCUGUGCUUUCCCACUCCAAAGCAGGGCAGUGUCAGUCCUGCUUUUAUCCAAGACCGGAGCAAAGUGGAAACCAAGAAGGCAAAAAUACAGUAGGGCAUGAUUUAGGCAUAAAGGGGGUGUAGGAUACACACACUUAAACACACAUACACACUGGGAACCCUACAGAGACUAAAGGUUCAACCCUGCCUAACUUUCAGUCUCUCUCCAUCCUGUCCACCACUGUCACAGAGACUAUGUAUACUGUUUGUAUAUUAUAUAUACUAAGCUAAUAUAUAAAUUUCUCUAUGUAUGUAUAUUCUAUGCUGUCCAUAGUUUGAAAAUAACCAACCCUGUCCCCUUUUUAAGGUAUAGGCUGAUUCAAGAGUCAACUCUAGUUUGUAAAAUAGAGACUUAAAAUGUGAUUGGACUGUGAAUCUAGCUAUAAUUACAAGCUACUAUGGUAGAGUAAAGCUGAUUAUCUGCGGGGAAGCUUUAGAGCCAAUGUAGAUGGGUGAUAUGUGUAGUUGCAACUUGAGUUUCCUAAAGGGAUGCUUCCCUUCUGAAGGUCACAAUGUUAUCAGAUGUGCUGUGUGCAAUACUUGAAACUGUGUAAGUGGCAUCAGUACAGAAACAUAUUGACAUGCUAUUGUAUGUUUCUCAGACUGCAACAAAAAGCUUAGAGACACACCACAUUAUAUGCAGCACUGUUUCAAAGUCUUAAGUAGAAAUACCAUAGUAACUUUAUGGUUGUUGUUUUUUUUUCUAAUGUUACUCAUUUAUAAGUCAUACCAGAAUAGAGGGGAGUUGCUUGGGUCCUUAUUUCAGAAGUUUUAGAAAAGCUCUAUAGCUGUAAAACUGCUGCUAAUGUAGAAGAAUUUAUAUUUGUUUGUUUUUCCAGAUUUUAAACUAUUGCCCAGAUUAGAUUUUUAUGCCAGCCUAAAAAUAAGAGAUACGAAAAAGGAAGUAAUAUUCCCAAACACAGGACAUACAGCUUGUACGUCUGUGUAAAUAUGCACACAGGGUAAGAAAUUAGCACCCAGCAAGUGCCAAAUGUUGGUCUGUUCUGCCAGUAAACAAAUGUGUAGAGUUCACCCAACAUGUUUAACUUUUUCACUGACUAAUAUGAACAUUUUUCAGUUUUCUUUCCUUUUGCUGCAGUUCAUUAGACACAAAGCUCCUGUUCAAGAGUGUCAACAAGCAAGUCUUAGAUGUUAUAAAUGACACAGCACUGAAAAAGGUAAAGGGUAACUGUGUGAAAAAUGUGCUGUCAUUGUUAAAGGUGAACAUUUCUCAUUUUACCAGUCCUGUACUGGUAACUUUUAUCUAAGUUUCAGAUGUAAUGUAUGCAAUAAACUUGUUUCAUUUGAUUGUGAAGGCUGA